UAGAUAGAUUAUAUUAGAAAGGGACCUCCGGCUUCGGCUUCAGCUUCGGCAACCCAGGAGAGUGCUGCUGUCUUCUCAGCUUUCUCGUUAUCAACUUCCACCUUCCCGCUCUGAUAUAAACACAAACAUUUUGGUCCCAAUUCUGUACAGCAAUACACACAUAACACUAUACCUCUGAUAAUGAAGUACGUGUUGAUCACCGGUGGAGUCGUGAGUGGUCUGGGCAAAGGCGUGACGGCGAGCAGCGUAGGGGUCGUGCUCAAGGCCUGUGGUCUUCGUGUCACUUCCAUCAAAAUUGAUCCAUACCUGAAUAUAGAUGCUGGUACCAUGUCUCCUUUUGAACAUGGAGAAGUUUUUGUUCUUGACGAUGGUGGAGAGGUGGAUCUGGAUUUGGGAAAUUAUGAGCGCUUCCUAGAUGUCACACUUACAAAGAAUAACAAUAUUACCACUGGAAAAAUAUACCAGUCUGUUCUCGAGAAGGAACGUAAGGGUGAUUACCUUGGAAAAACUGUUCAGGUGGUACCACACAUCACAGAUGCCAUAAAAGAUUGGAUUGAAUCAGUUGCUGUGAUUCCUGUGGAUGGGAAGGAGGGACCAGCAGAUGUUUGUGUGAUUGAGCUUGGAGGCACUGUGGGUGACAUUGAAUCUAUGCCAUUUAUUGAGGCUUUACGGCAAUUGUCCUUUUCUGUGGGCUCUGACAACUUCUGUCUCAUCCAUGUUAGCCUAAUACCGGUGUUGGGUGUUGUGGGAGAGCAAAAAACAAAGCCUACACAGCACAGUGUCAGGGAAUUGAGAGCAUUGGGUUUGACUCCUCACCUUUUAGCAUGUCGAUCUGCUGAGCCUCUUUUGGAAAAUACGAAGGACAAACUCUCACAGUUUUGCCAUGUUCCGAUUGAUAAUAUUCUGAAUAUUCAUGAUGUUCCAAACAUUUGGCACAUUCCUCUCUUACUUAGGAACCAAAAUGCACACCAUUCAAUUUUGAGGCAGCUUGACCUACUCAGCAUUGCUAUGCCUCCUGACUUACGGAGUUGGACAAAGAUGGCUGAGACUUAUGAUAAUCUUACCGAUACUGUGAGAAUUGCAAUGGUGGGGAAGUAUGUUGGCCUAAAAGAUUCAUAUUUAUCUGUUAUGAAGGCUCUUCUGCAUGCUUGCAUUGCAUGCUCCUUGAAGCCAUCAAUUGAUUGGAUUGCAGCUUCUCACCUUGAAGAUGAUAGUGCAGAAUCAGUAGAUCCAGAAGCAUAUGCUGAGGCUUGGAAGACUCUGAGGGGGGCAGCUUGUGUCUUGGUUCCUGGUGGAUUUGGAGAUCGUGGUGUGAGUGGUAUGAUGCUAGCUGCCAAAUAUGCCAGAGAGAACAAUGUUCCAUAUUUGGGGAUUUGCUUGGGAAUGCAGAUUGCUGUGAUUGAGUUUGCAAGAUCAGUUUUGGGUUGGGAAAGGGCAAACAGCGUAGAGUUUGAUGCCCAAACGCCAAAUCCUGUUGUGAUUUUCAUGCCUGAGGGUUCACGAACCCACAUGGGAAGCACCAUGAGGCUAGGAUCUCGUAGAACACUAUUCCAGACGCCUGAUUCUAUUACUUCCAAGUUGUAUCACAACUCACAGUAUGUGGAUGAGCGGCAUCGGCAUAGAUAUGAGGUAAAUCCAGAUGUUAUUGGAACGCUGGAGGAAGCUGGGCUAAAAUUUGCUGGAAGAGAUGAAAGUGGAAAACGAAUGGAAGUCCUAGAGCUUCCAAGUCAUCCAUUCUACAUAGGCGUGCAAUUUCAUCCUGAAUUUAAAUCACGGCCUGCUAAACCCUCUGCUUUAUUUUUAGGUCUGAUUUUGGCGGCAACGGGGAAGCUGGAAGCCCACGUCAGUGGUUAUGAAAAUGGAAGUUAACGCACAAUCUUAUGCUAUUUUGACAAUGCCAUAGUAUUUUUUUUUUUUUAGGAUGACGUUUUUUCCCGAAACAAAAAAGAAAGAUGGGGGUGAAGCGAUUCCCCGCAGUUGGGUAUAAAUGCAGCUGCCUCAGAUUCGUUUUGAUUGGUUCCAAAAGCCUGUCCACUAUAUCGUUAUUUGGACGUCUCUUUCACUUCAUAGCUGUUACUAAGGUUCAGUAUUUUAAUCAACCGAUCCGGCAUUAAAAUCUUUUGACUCUGAUGUAACGCAAAACAUAGAGCUGUGCUAUAGUAUGUUUGGUGCACUAUCAGGAUGUUGAUUACAGGCAUUAAGCUCACCGUUAUCCCCAAAAUCCUGCCUUGUUUUAUUUACAAGAUUUGCCCCUAUUCAGUGUUCACCUUGAGUUCCAUAUUAUCUGAUCUGCUUUCCUUGGUUGCCGCGUUAUCGGUAUGUAUGCAGGUGGACGCAAUAUUGACCUCACACUUUCCAUCUGUUUGGAUCAUGCUUAAUUUUGUUCAACAUUAUGAAGAUUUAGAUCGUCGAUCACUUGUUCAAUCUUGAAAAUUUGGAGAAUUUUGUAUUUAUAUAUUUAAUUAUCAUUUUCAGUUGUGUCUCAUUUAAUCUAGAAAAUAGUAAUGAUUCGCUCUUUCGUCUCCCACUAUUAUUUCUUUAUUGCUUUUACCUCUCAUAGUAUACUAGGCAAAAUAAUCCCAUGUUACGUUCAGUUGCUUUUC